UCUACAAGCAAAUUCAGCCAAGUGUCAGAAAAUGAUAUUUAUUUUCUGCUGGUGCAUCAUCCUCUUCCUCACUGGAACCUACGUCUGGAGAACAACGUGACCAGGAGGAGGAUGGUAGUCAUCUUAUUCAUCUUGUUCGACAUAUUUAACAGCAAGAUUCUGCAGAAGAACAGAGGAAUCGUGGAUAAACUAUCUGAAGGAGAUUACUGCAUCCAGUCAGGCUUCAAAGAUUUGGCUGAACCAAUAGAUGACUUGGAUGAAGAUAUGUCAUCCACUGGACUCAAACCACUGUUCAUCAGAGAAGAGGAAGAAGAUCUGGACAGAACCACCGUGGAGCAAAGAGAAGACAAUGAAAACCCUUCUGGACUCAGCUUCACUGGGUCACCGCUCAAACAAUCAGCUCUGAUAAAACCGUACCUGCAGGAGAUGGACGAGUUACUGAAAAGCUGCGAAGAGCUCACGGGUGUUCCCUUUGGCUCGUGUCGUUCAGUGGGCGACAGCGAAGCCUUUCUGAAAGAAUCGAGUUCUGACGAAGAGGUCAGAACGGAAAACCAUACACCUCCUCAAGCCUAUCUGUGCACCGGCUACAUCGACACACAUGUGGACGUGACUGAAACACAAGAUGAGACAACACAAGGACAAUGCUUGGACAACUUCGUCAACGGGUGUGAGUUUUAUCAGCACAUGGAACUGCCUCUCUCCUCAGCAGGAAGCAAACUGAGGGCCAACAUGGUGGAGUACGAGGGCCAGUUAAGGAAAACGUUAGCCAUGCUGGAGAGCUGCAUGGAAGAGUCUCAAGACUGGGCAGCAGAUACAGGCCAAGAAUACGUUCACAUCAGUAAGAUACCUGAUCAUUAUAAAGACACAACACAUGAGACACUCAAGCCAAAGAGCCCACGAGAGCUGAAGACCCCGCCUGUAAAUUCAGAGACCAGGGAUAGAAGUGAAAGCCUGCAGAAGUCUUUAAUCUGCUGUGAGGAGACAAUCGGUGGCUUCUUGAGAAAAAGACCAGAGAAACCAGAGGAACACGGAUCAGGCUCGCAGGUUGGUAACACAGAACAAGAUCCAGUGUUAAAUGAGAGGACACAAACAAGAUGUAUGUUUGAAGAAAGCACCAACACAAAGAGACAUGAAGAGGACGAUGAGUUACCGAGUGAGGAUGGACAUGAAUUCAACACAGAUCUGGGCUCUGACGUGGACAAAUUCAAGGCUUUAAGGCCUCGGAUGGAAGACUGCAUAGAGAAGGUGCAGCAGAUGCAGAAAAGAAGGAAGGAGCUGCUGGUGGAGGUUUUGCAGCUGAGAGACGAGGGAGGAACUGAGGAGGAAGAGGAGAGUGCGGAGUGGAUCCACAGCAGAGUUGUGGAGCUCAUGGACACUCUUAGGAGAGAAGAGGAGGUAAGACGGGGGGAGAGGAAGAGGGAGAUAAAUGGCCUCAGAGAGGAGAUGGCAGAGGAGGAGCGGAAGCUGUGGAAGCUGAACCUGGAGAGACAGAACCUGCAAGAGGAGCUAAGGAGGCUGAAGAGGAGGCUGUUCGCAGUGGCCAGAGACUGUGCUUACAGUCGAGCAGCUCUGAACAAUCAGCGUGGGGAAGUGGAGUCACUGAAGAGAGAGGAGGACAAACUGAACUCUGUGAUGCUCCAGCUGAUAGAAGAGAGUAGCCAAAUCCGGUCUGCCCAGCAACAGCAGCUUUCAGACCUACAAGCACAACUUCAUUUCAGAAGCUCCAGUCGGACCUCGGGAACUCAGGAGCUGAGCGAGUGCAGGAGGCACUCCAGCUGUGACAUCCAGCAGUACCUGCAGGGUGAACGGAAAGCUCUGGAGGACAGAUAUGAACCCGUGUUGCUGGCUUUGCUGAAAAGGAGAGAGGCAACAGCCGGUGCACUGGUGAACGUAAAACAGCAGGCUCAGGAGCUGAGGGCCCAGCUGAGACCUCUGAGGGACGAGACCCAGAAGCUGGAGCUGAGGAGGGCUUGUUUGGACGAGAAACUUCAACUCAUCACCGCGCAGAGUCGGGAAGAUGUGGGUCGCUACAAGGAGGCUGUGUGUGAUCUGGAAGAGUGCAGCAGAGAGCUGAAGACUGAGCUGGAGAUUCAGAAGAGAAAAACCAAAGAAAUGGAGGAGCUGAGGGAAAACCUCACAAAGCAGCUUCUUCUUCACAGGGCUGCAGCUGAGGAACGAGGGCAAUCACUAGGAAAACCAUGAAGAAUUCCAAGAGUUUAAUUAAUGCACUUCACAUAGAGACACAUAAAAUGCUUGUAAAGAUUUAGACUGCAGCGUGCAGAAAGGCUUUUGUUAUGAAUAAAGCCAGAGUGUUUGUUGUAACGUAGAGUGAGACUGAUGACUCAGUGCCCGUCUCUGAAGAGCAGAGCAGCUCUCUUAUACGUAUAAGGGCAACUUUUCUGCAGAACUAAACAGUGGGACAUGAAGUAAUGGAGUGAGAGCAGGCUCAGGAGACAGGACAGUACCAAGGUGUCACAACAGACGUACAGCACAUCUGGGAAAAGUGCUGCAGCUUUGCUCAUUCCUCAACAUGAGAUUAAUGAUGGUUGAAUCAAACCAGCAGGAUUAGGAAGACGCUGAUACUGAAAAUAGAAACGUCAGUGUCCAGUGACAUUGGAUAAAAUAAUUAAAAGUUACAGUGUGGCUGCGAGUUACUUUUGAGCAGCCUUGUCUCUUUGUGAGAGAUAGAUUGUUGGAGUCAGAUUAUGUGUUUUUUGUGGAUUUAAUGGUUAAUUUUUUUGGUAUAUUUCCACUGAGUAUACUUCCAUGGUUCAAUAUAAACAGUUCAUUACGAGAUGACAUUGAACAUCCUAUGUGUGUGUCAGAAGACGUUUUAUUUUUAUUUUUUUAUUGUGUUCCUGAAUGUGGCAUAACUCAGACUCGUUCAGCAGCAAAGGCACAGUUUGAGAGAGGAGCCGUCUAUUUUGAGCGUUAAGCUUUGUAGUGGAAGUAUAUUAUAUAUCUCUGGAUGACUGCAUAUUACAUGUCCUGUUCUGUAUCUCUUGAUAACUGUCACUGUGUAAUCUGUUCUCAUAACGAUGCUGUAUGUACGUCUGCAGUCUUGUUCUCAAAUGGCCUAUAUAACUUGUAAUUAUUUCAAUGGUCCCUGAUAUUUUUUUAGGACGCCCUCAUUCUGAAGUGCUCAGUACCAGAUGUCGGUUGUCAUUGGUUCUCUGUUAACAGUUGUCAUCCUGUGAUUGGCUGCUUACAUCUCCACCGGAUGUUUAUAUUUGUCUGUUCCCUGUUUCUGAGUAGUGCGGACCUGACAGAUGCCCUGAUCACGUCUGCCCGGUUCCACUCGAUCUCUUGCAUAUAUGCACUUCUAUUAAAUAAUCUGAGACCAGA